AUAAAGUAGGAAAACACCAACUAAAAGACCAUUUUAGGAUCAUUUUUGUAGUUUAUUCUAAAAUGUAAAUAAGUGUAACUAGAGGGACCGUUUAUUCAAAUUGUGCUGCUUAACGAGUCAAUGCUUAAAUUCCCAACACUACACAGUGAGGUGAGAGGAUCCAAACCUCAAGAACCCUAAAACCAAAGGAAGAUAAUAUGGCGAAUUUCUCCAUCGCCACCGUCUUCGUUGCCUCGAUCUCACUGUUACUUGCGCUCACCCACUCAUUUUCUCUCGAGAACCCUACGGAUCGGCGCAUUUUAGUGUUGGUCGACGACUUGGCUCUCAAGUCUUCGCACUCGAUCUUCUUUAAUUCUCUGCAGGCACGUGGAUUUGAGCUCGAUUUCAAGCUCUCCGAUGAUCCCAAGAUCGCUCUUCAGAGAUACGGGCAACAUUUAUAUGAUGGCCUGAUUCUGUUUUCUCCCACCACUGAACGAUUUGGAGGAUCUUUGGAUGUGGCGGCUAUUUUGGACUUCGUCGACUCCGGCAAAGACUUGAUCGUUGCUGCCGAUGCGAAUGCGUCUGAUUUGAUCCGAAAUAUAGCCGCUGAGUGUGGAAUUGAUUUUGACGAGGAUCAAUCUGCUGUGGUUAUUGAUCAUGGAAGCUAUGCUGUUUCAGAAACCGAGGGAGAUCAUACGUUAAUUGCUGCUGCUGAUUUUAUUCAAUCUGAUGUACUUUUAGGGAGUACAAAAAUUGAGGCUCCUGUACUUUUCAAAGGAAUUGGUCACUCUUUGAACCCAGCAAAUAGCUUGGUUUUGAAAGUUCUUUCAGCUUCUCCAUCAGCUUAUUCAGCUAACCCAAAGUCCAAGCUGUCAAGUCCACCAUCCCUUUCUGGAUCUUCCAUCUCAUUGGUUUCAGUUGUUCAGGCAAGAAACAAUGCAAGAAUUGUGUUCUCUGGAUCUUUAGAUCUCUUCAGCAACAAAUUCUUUAAAUCACCAGUGCAAAAAGCAGGAAGCUCAAAUAAAUAUGCAAAAUCUGGUAAUCAACAGUUUGCUACUGAGAUUAGCAAAUGGGUAUUCCAUGAAAGAGGUCAUUUGAAGGCUGUGAAUGUUAGACACCACAGAGUUGGUGAGACUGAUGAACCUUCUAUCUAUAGGAUCAAUGAUGACCUGGAAUAUUUGGUAGAGAUUUAUGAGUGGUCUGGAUCAAGUUGGGAACCAUAUGUGGCAAAUGAUGUUCAGGUCCAGUUUUACAUGAUGAGCCCUUACGUAUUGAAAACCAUGUCCUCUAAUAACAAGGGAUUGUAUAUUGCAUCCUUUAAGGUGCCAGAUGUGUAUGGUGUUUUCCAGUUUAAGGUUGAAUAUCAAAGACUUGGAUACACUAGUUUGUCUCUUGCAAAACAGAUUCCAGUUCGACCUUUCAGACACAAUGAAUAUGAGAGAUUCAUUCCAACGGCUUUUCCAUAUUAUGGAGCAUCAUUCUCUACGAUGGCUGCAUUCUUCAUCUUCAGUUUUGUGUACCUUUACAGCAAAUAA